AUGUUUCGCCACAAGGUUUACAUUGCACGGCCACAGCUGAGCGCAGUGCGUCGUUGGCUCGGCCGACUCUUUGGCGAAGCUCUCCCGGGCGUCGCCCCUGACUCUUGGGUGAUUGUGCCUGCGGGAUUUGCCAUUGUCGGUGCCACGUCGUUCACGGCUGGUGUCACGGGCACGUUUAGCAUUGCCAUGAUUGUGCUUGAACUGACCCAGCAGUUUACGUACAUGAUUCCAGUGCUCCUGUCGGUGCUUGUCGGACGGGCCGUCGCCGGCUUCGUCUCCCACGACAUGUAUGAAACGAUUGCUCGCGACAAGAACCUGCCACAGUGGCCGGAGCUAACGCGACAGGCGUCGUAUGCCCUUGUCGCGUCCGACCUGAUGCUCAUUUCAAUUAGAGAGAUUUUGCAAAAUUUCCACUCACUGUCUCUUCAGGGCACUGCGAAAAAUUACGAUUUUAGUGACUCUGAAAAGACUGAAUGA